ACCAGCCCCAGAUGGACGAUAGGAGCUGCCCCCCCAGCCAGAUCUGGACAGAAGGGCAGGAGGAGACCCUGAGCUGCUGGGCAUGGGGCAACCCCCCGCCCCACAUGGAGUGUGCCAAAAAUGGGGAGACCUUCCCCGUUGGUGUCCCACACCCCGUCACCCGCACCCACGCUGGAACCUACCACUGCAGGGCCACCAACCCGCUGGGGACAACCAUCCGGACCGUCACCGUCUGGGUGCAAUGUCUCGUAGGGGUCGCCGGGGGCACGUUCACGGUGGGGGCCUGGCCUCGGGUGGCCGUGGUGCCCUUUGGGGGCUCGGUGGCCAUCAACUGCAGCCGCAGCGCCUGCCCGGGGGGCAACGUCACUUUGGGGUUGGACACCCCCUUGGAGGUGAUUUUGGGGGCCGGGGGGGUCCGUUGGCAAAGCUUCCGGCUCCUCAACGUCUCCCGGUGGAACCCCGGCCCCGCUACGUGUUACGGGCGUUGUGGUGCCACCCAAGUCAACGCCAGCGCCGGCAUCCUCGUCUACCGGUUGCCGGAGAGGGUUGUGUUGGAACCGGUGGCCCCGGUGGCGGUGGGGGAGAGCAGGAACCUGACGUGCCGGGUGGUGGAGGUGGCCCCGGUGGGGAACUUGACGGUGACGUUAAGAAAAGGGAGCGAAACGUUACGGACGGAGAGUUUUGGGGCCGCCGAGGGGAGCGUCAACGUGGCCGUCAGUCACCUGUUGACCGCCGGCCCCGGCGACCACGGCCAGGACGUCACUUGCCACGCCGAGCUCUCCCUCAGGCCACACGGACCCCUCUUCGCCCGCGCCGCCGGCCCCGUCAAGCUCUCUGUUUUCGCCCUCCCGGAGCCACCCCAGCUCCAGGCACCCACCAUCUUGGAGGUCGGCACCGUCGCCAACGCCAGUUGCCGGAUCACCGGCGCCUUCCCGGCGGGGGAUGUCCACUUCACCAUCACCCUGGAAGGGCAGAACCUCAACGUCACCAUCACAGCGACCGGGGACGUGUUGACGGCCACCACCAUCUUGUCACCCACCUCCCCGGGGCACCAGGAGCUGGUCUGCACCGCGGCGGUGGCGACGGCGGCACGGACGGCACGGAGGCAGCUCCACGUCUACCGCUUCCUGGAGCCCAUCCUGGAGCUGAUCCCGGCGGCGGUGCCGGAGGGUGAGGAGGUGACGGUGACGUGCCGCGCCGGUGUCGCCGAACCUCCGGCCGUCCGGCUGCAACUCCGUGAUGCCGAUGGCGGGGUCUUGGCCGAGGGUCCCGAAUCCCCCCUGGAGCUCCGGUUGGUGGCCCGGCGGGAGGAUGAUGGGCAACAAUUUGGGUGCCGAGCCAGCCUGGCCAUCGGUGACGCCGUGGUGACAAAGGAGAGGGACACCCGGCUCGCCGUGCUCUACAUGCCCGAAAUGUCACCCACCGAUUGUCCCGGCAACCGUACGUGGCUACGGGGGACGCGGGAAGCCCUCUCCUGCCGUGCCACCGGCAACCCCGCGCCCACCGUGGUCUGCGGCCGCAACGGCGUCACCGUCGGGACCGGGGAACCCGAAUUGGUCACCCGGUCCCGUGCUGGCACCUACCUCUGCAACGCCACCAACGCCUUGGGGACACGGAGCCGGCUGGUCACCGUCCGCGUGGAGUACGAGCCCACCCUGACGGAGAGGGGCUGCCCGGCCCAUCGUACCUGGGUGGAGGGGGAGCGGAGGGAGUUGGGGUGUCGCGCCGAUGGGGACCCCCCUCCCAGCACCCGUUGUGCCCGUGACGGCGGUGCCACCCGUAGCCGGGGCAGCCGGGCCGUCAGCCGCGCCGACGCCGGGCGCUACGUCUGCCGGGCCACCAACAAGCACGGCUCGGCCGUCCGCAGCGUGGUGGUCACCGUCGAGUAUGAACCCAGUAUCGGGGAGUCGGGGUGCCCGGCGCGGCGGCUGUGGGUGGAGGGGACCCCGGCGGAGUUGGCCUGCGCCGCCAGCGGCAACCCCCCCCCCGCCCCCAACCUCCGCCUGGCCCCCGACAACCGCUCGGUGGCCGUGGCCGGCGCCGCCGCCGUCAACCGGGGCCUCUACACCUGCACGGCCACCAACAGGCACGGCCGGCGAGCCGGCAGCGUGGUGGUCCACGUGGACGAGAGUCGGUUGGCCCUGGUGGCCUCAUUGGGCUCCUUGGGGGCCGUGACAGCAGUGGGUUUGGUGGCCGCCGGGGGUUACUACCUGAAGACCACGGCGUGUAAGAAGGGGGAGUACAACGUGCGCGACGCCGAAGGGUCUUCCGAAGCCACCUGUCUCCACCGGCACCGCCACCCCGACGUCUUCGGCAUCCAGCUCACCCAGCCCUGAACUGGGAAGGGGUCCCCCUUUAUCCCCCAAACCCAACUGGAACAGAGGUUUUGGGGGAUCCUCAUCUCCCAAAUGCAACUGGGAUGGAGGUUUUGGGGAUCCCCAUCUCCCAAAUGCAACUGGGAUGGAGGUUUCAGGGGACCCCCCUAUUCCCCAAACCAACUGGGAUGGAGGUUUCUGGGGAUCCCCUCCAACCCUCUAUCUCCCAAACGCAACUGGGAUGGAGGUUUUGGGGGAUCCCCUCCAACCCUCCAUCUCCCAAACCCAACUGGGAUGGAGGUUUUGGGGGAUCCUCCCCCCAUCACCCAAACACAACUGGGAUGGAGGUUUUGAGGGAUCCCGUCCAACCCUCCAUCCCUCAAACCCAACUGGAACAGAGGUUUUGGGGGAUCCCCAUCUCCCAAAUGCAACUGGGAUAGAGGUUUUGGAGAAUCCUCUCCCCCAUCACCCAAACGCAACUGGGAUGGAGGUUUUGGGGGAUCCCUCCAUUCCCCAAACUGGAACAAAAGUUUUGGGGGAUCCCCAUCUCCCAAACCCAACUGGGAUGGAGGUUUUGGGGGAUCCCCUCCAACCCUCCAUCCCACUGAACCUAACUGGAACAAAGGUUUUGGGGGAUCCCCAUCUCCCAAACCCAACUGGAACAGAGGUUUUGGGGGAUCCCCUCCAACCCAACUGGGAUGGAGAUUUUGGGGGAUCCCCCCAUUCCCCAAACUGGAACGAAGGUUUUGGGGGAUCCCCCCCAUUCCCCAAACCAACUGGGAUGGAGGUUUCGGGGGAUCCCCUCCAACCCUCCAUCCCCUGACCCCAACUCCGAUGGAGGUUUUGGGGAUCCCCUCCAUCCCCUGAACCCAACUGGGAUGGAGGUUUUGGGGGAUCCCCUGCCACCCUCCAUCCCCUGAACCCAACUGGGAUGGAGGUUUUGGGGGAUCCCCCCAUUCCCCAAACCCAACUGGAACGGAGGUUUUGGGGAAUCCCCUCCAACCCUCCAUCCCCUGCACCCAACUGGGAUGGAGGUUUUGGGGGAUCCCCCCAUUCCCCAAACUGGAACGAAGGUUUUGGGGGAUCCCCCCAUUCCCCAAACCCAACUGGGAUGGAGGUUUUGGGGAAUCCUUCCCCCCAUCCCGGCCGCAGUGGGGGUUUUGGGGUUUUUUUAGGGGUGUUUUUUGGGUUUUUUUAAGUGUUUCGGUGCCGUGCCGGGGGCGGCGCGGCU